GCUGCGGGGCGCUGGGCAGCGCCGCCCGCCCGGUGCCCGCGGCGGGGCCGGGGCCGCCGCCCGAGCGCCACGUGACGGCCCGGCGGGGAUAAUAAGCGGCGGCACGGAGCCGCCCCGGGCUCCUCCGCUGGGUCAGCCACAGGGACCGACAGCAGCAGCAGACAGGGACGGGACACAGGGGAGGGAAGGUCAUCGCAGGUCAGCGCCUACCUGGCAGUUUCAGCCUCUGCUCUCGGCCAGAUUAGUCAGUAUUCGUUUCCUGUCACCUUGCAAAAAGAAAAAAAGAAAAAAAAAAAAAAAAGAGGAAAGAAGGAAAAAAGGCGCUGAUACCUACAAACCUCUCGGCAAGUAAACGAACUUAAAUCGCUGUAGAAGCCGCAGCAGCUGAAGCUGAUCCCCGGGUAGCAUGAACAGCAUGAAUCAGAUAGAAACAAACAUGCAGUACACCUACAACUAUGAAGAGGAUGAGUACAUGACCCAAGAAGAAGAAUGGGACAGGGAUCUGCUCCUGGACCCAGCAUGGGAGAAACAGCAAAGGAAGACGUUUACAGCCUGGUGCAAUUCCCACCUCAGGAAAGCAGGCACACAGAUUGAGAACAUCGAGGAGGACUUCAGAAAUGGCCUCAAACUGAUGCUCCUCUUGGAAGUUAUCUCAGGGGAAAGGCUACCGAAACCAGACAGAGGGAAGAUGCGCUUCCAUAAAAUUGCUAAUGUCAACAAAGCUCUGGAUUACAUCGCCAGCAAAGGAGUGAAACUUGUGUCAAUUGGUGCAGAAGAAAUCGUGGAUGGCAAUGUGAAAAUGACACUGGGUAUGAUCUGGACUAUCAUUCUUCGUUUUGCUAUUCAGGAUAUUUCAGUGGAAGAGACCUCUGCCAAAGAAGGGCUGCUGCUGUGGUGUCAAAGGAAAACUGCUCCUUACAGAAAUGUGAACAUUCAGAACUUCCAUCUUAGCUGGAAAGAUGGCCUUGGAUUAUGUGCACUUAUCCACAGACACCGACCUGAUCUUAUUGACUACUCCAAGCUAAAUAAGGAUGACCCCAUAGGGAAUAUCAACCUUGCCAUGGAAAUUGCUGAAAAGCAUUUGGAUAUCCCAAAGAUGCUGGAUGCAGAAGAUGUAGUAAACACUGCCAGACCUGAUGAAAGAGCCAUUAUGACUUAUGUUUCCUGUUACUACCAUGCAUUUGCUGGUGCUCAGAAGGCUGAGACUGCAGCUAACCGGAUCUGUAAGGUGCUCGCUGUGAAUCAGGAAAAUGAGAGGUUGAUGGAAGAGUAUGAGAGACUAGCAAGUGAGCUUUUAGAAUGGAUUCGCCGGACAAUUCCUUGGCUGGAAAACAGGACCCCAGAAAAAACAAUGCAGGCUAUGCAGAAGAAAUUAGAGGACUUCCGGGACUACCGCCGCAAGCACAAACCGCCCAAAGUCCAGGAGAAAUGUCAGCUGGAGAUCAAUUUCAACACCCUGCAGACAAAACUGAGAAUCAGCAAUCGGCCAGCUUUCAUGCCAUCAGAGGGGAAAAUGGUUUCAGAUAUUGCCGGCGCUUGGCAGAGACUUGAACAAGCUGAGAAAGGCUAUGAGGAGUGGCUGCUGAAUGAAAUACGACGACUGGAAAGACUUGAACACUUGGCUGAGAAAUUUAGGCAGAAGGCUUCCACUCAUGAACAGUGGGCAUAUGGCAAAGAGCAGACCUUGCUUCAGAAGGAUUAUGAGUCUGCCUCUCUGACAGAAGUCCGUGCCAUGUUAAGGAAACAUGAAGCUUUCGAGAGCGAUUUGGCUGCUCACCAGGAUAGGGUGGAACAGAUCGCUGCCAUUGCCCAGGAGCUGAAUGAACUGGACUACCAUGAUGCUGCAAGUGUCAAUGAUAGAUGUCAAAAGAUAUGUGACCAAUGGGACAGUCUGGGAACACUCACUCAGAAAAGGAGAGAGGCACUGGAGAGGACGGAGAAACUGCUUGAGACAAUUGAUCAGCUUCACCUGGAGUUUGCCAAAAGAGCUGCUCCUUUCAACAACUGGAUGGAAGGUGCUAUGGAAGACCUACAGGACAUGUUUAUUGUUCAUAGCAUAGAGGAAAUUCAGAGUUUAAUCUCUGCACACGAUCAAUUUAAAGCUACUUUGCCAGAGGCAGAUGGUGAACGACAGGCCAUACUGUCAAUCCAGAAUGAAGUUGAAAAAGUCAUCCAGAGUUACAGCAUGAGAAUAAGUGCAACCAAUCCUUACAGCACUGUUACAGUCGAAGAGAUUCGUAGCAAGUGGGAAAAGGUGAAGCAGCUGGUGCCUCAGAGGGAUCAAUCCUUGCAGGAGGAAUUAGCCCGCCAGCACGCCAACGAGCGCCUGCGCCGCCAGUUUGCUGCUCAGGCCAAUGUCAUCGGGCCAUGGAUCCAGACCAAGAUGGAGGAAAUUGCCCGCAGUUCUAUUGAAAUGACAGGGCCUUUGGAGGACCAGAUGAAUCAGCUGAAGCAAUAUGAGCACAAUAUCAUUAAUUAUAAACACAAUAUUGACAAACUGGAAGGAGAUCAUCAGCUUAUACAAGAAGCCCUGGUGUUUGACAACAAGCACACCAACUAUACCAUGGAGCACAUCCGUGUUGGAUGGGAGCUCCUGCUUACCACCAUUGCUCGAACUAUCAAUGAGGUUGAGACUCAGAUCCUCACAAGAGAUGCCAAGGGUAUCACCCAGGAACAAAUGAAUGACUUCAGAGCAUCGUUCAAUCACUUUGACAGGGAUGAAUCUGACAAUCUACAGUGUGAUGAAUUUAAAGCCUGCCUCAUCAGUCUAGGACAGGUUGGAAAUGACUUGCAGAGGAAGAAUGGAUUGAUGGACCAUGAUGAUUUCAGAGCUUGCUUAAUUUCAAUGGGUUAUGAUUUGGGUGAAGCUGAGUUUGCCCGAAUCAUGUCUCUGGUUGACCCCAACGGGCAAGGAACCGUCACUUUCCAGUCCUUCAUUGACUUCAUGACCAGAGAAACGGCAGACACCGACACGGCUGAGCAAGUGAUAGCUUCCUUCAGAAUCCUGGCUUCAGAUAAGCCUUAUAUCCUGGCAGAUGAGUUGCGUCGAGAGCUGCCUCCUGAGCAGGCUCAGUACUGCAUCAAGAGAAUGCCUCCCUACACCGGCCCAGGCUCUGUUCCUGGGGCUCUGGAUUACACCUCCUUUUCAUCAGCACUGUAUGGAGAGAGCGACCUCUGAUUCAGUAACUGGCUGUAUUCACGGUAGACACUAAAAAUACCCACCUUAUUGCCCAGAUUGCUUCUCAAAAGUUUUGACAAGCUGAUUUAAAAACAAAUUUUACAAAUACAGUAGGUACCGUCAGUGUAAAGUGCUAGUAACUGAAGUAACUGGUGUAUAUUAAAGUGUGUGGCACGCUAGAUACCUGCCUUGUUGGUUGUCUGUCCUAUGCAAUGCUAGAAAAUCUAUUAAAAAUGGCAAAAGAAUAAUUUUCGAAAUAUACAUUCAGAAAACAGAAUGUAAAACCUAAAAACGUUGAACUCGCAAAACAUUUCUCCAUUUUCAAAAUGUUUCAAAGCCAUAUGCGCUUCUUUUAUGAUGUUCAGAAAACUGUGUUAGGAGUCAUGCUUUUUUUCUUUCAUAGAGCAAUACUACUUUCAUGAUUUCUGAUUUUGUAUGCUUCUAUUGGUGGAAUUUAAUAAAAUACUAAAAUGCAGAUUUUGAGGGAAGAAAUAUAACAACCACAUAAACUACUUAAUUACAAAAAUAAUCCAGAAUGCUAUGCUUUUGUCUCAAAGAGUUGUAAUAUAAGGAGGAAAAGCUGAUUAAAGUGCAGUUUUAGAGUUCUGUAAGCAGUUCUUUUCUUUUAGGCCUUUAACUUUUACAGCUGAGGGAAUACAACUUUUAUAAUCAGAAAUAAUAAGGAAGCUAAUUUCAUGUGAACUGUUUUGUUAUGAAACCCUCAUUCUUGUCUAUGUUGGACAGUCUUUGUUUCUCAGUAUAAGAAUGCAUUAUUGUAUGUAUUAGUGGGCAGCAUUCAUCUCUAUCCUGCAUAGAGCAAACUCCCAUCUGAGCAAAUGUAGUAUGGUUGUCUUGCAGCUUUAACUGUUCAGUGCUCAAAAUUCAGUUUGUCUUGAGUUCUGCUGCGUCACAGGCAGUUCUGUCUGUACCCUGCUCCUGUGUGCUAGACGUUUACUGUUUUUUUCCAUCUUGAGAAAUGACAGAGAAUAAUAGCAGUAACUUUUUUACUUGAAUCCUACCGACACUGAGGAAAUGCAAUGUAAUCAAACAAAACCAUUUACAAAUGGUGAAGUGAGCUGUGCAGCCCAGUGCUAUUAAAGCAAUGAUGUGCCUGUUAAAUAAAGUCUGCUUUUCAAAACCUUA